AUUUCGCCUACCAACGGUCGCAGACAACCAAACCAACAAGAUGAUUCUGUCCCGAUCCAAGCCCGCGGAGUCGCGGGAUGAGCAGGCCAUGUCGAGGUCUCGCUCCACCAAGAAGAAGGAGCUGCCGAAGCUCGAAGAUUUUCUUCAGAAGCGCGACUACGUUGGCGCUCUCACCUUGCUCGAGUUCAUGGAUGGUUCAGGGAAGCCCAUUGAUGCGCAGGAUGAGUGGAUUGCCUACUGUGCUUUUCAUCUUGGCGACUAUCGCCGCGCCCUUCAGACGUACAAGAAGCUGUUGGCUUCGGAGGGCAGCUCGGAGAGAAUAUGGCUGUACCUUGCCUGCUGCUGCUUCUUCCUGGGCAUGUACGAGGAAGCAGACGCGGCUGCGCAAAAGGGGCCACAGUGUGCUCUCAAGAACCGCCUUCUCUUUCACCUCGCACACAAGUUUGGAGACGACAAGCGGUUGAUGACAUACCAUCAGCAGCUGCAAGACAUCAUGGAAGACAAGAUGUCGCUUGCGUCCAUCCACUACAUGCGCAGCCACUACCAGGAGGCCAUCGACACAUACAAGCGCAUUGUGCUGGAGGACACGAACAUGGUUGCGCUCAACGCCUACAUUGCGCUGUGCUACUACAAGCUGGACUACUACGACGUGUCCCAAGAGAUUAUCAACGUCUACCUCAUGAGCUUCCCAGACUCGGCCAUCGCCCUCAACCUCAAGGCGUGCAACCACUUCCGGCUGUACAACGGCAAGGCAGCCGAGCAAGAGCUGAUGACACUCAAGGAGAAGGCGUCGCUCUCGUUUGAGUUUGCACAGGACCUCAUCAAGCACAAUCUCGUUGUCUUCCGGGACGGCGAAGGCGCACUGCAGGUGUGGAGCAAGCUGCUGGAUGUUAUCCCCGAGGCGCGGCUGAACCUCGUUAUCUUCUUCCUCCGCCAAAACGACCUCGACGAAGCGUUCAAGCUCGUGAAGGACAUGGAGCCCAGCACCCCGCCGGAGUACAUCCUGAAGGGCGUAGUGAAUGCGUGCAUUGGGCAGGAGCAGGACUCGAGCGACCACCUCAAGCUCGCCCAGCAGUACUUCCAGCUCGUCGGUGGAUCUGCCUCAGAAUGCGGUCAGUCGGCUGUCGUUGUUGUUGGAGGUGGUGUUCGGUGGUGCUGUUGGUGUUGCUGUUGGUGUUCUUGCCCUUGCCUUUGUUCUUCUUGUCCUUCUUGUCUUCGUAAACUUUGGCAUACCAAGAGAGAGAGUGUGUGUGUGUGUGUGAAAUGGCACGAGGCCGAGGAGACGUUUCUGCUCGUGCAGUCCGAGGCGUACAAGUCCGACUACACCUACCUCUCCUGGCUUGCCCGCUGCUACAUCAUGAACAAGAAGCCGCGACUGGCGUGGGAGCUGUAUCUUCGCAUGGAAACGUCCGCUGACUCGUAUCUCCUCCUCCAGCUCAUCGCACACGACUGCUACAGGAUGGGGGCGUUCUACUACAGCGCCAAGGCGUUUGACGUGCUUGAGCGGCUUGACCCGAGCCCCGAGUACUGGGAGGGCAAGCGCGGCGCGUGUGUCGGCGUGUUCCAGCAGAUCAUUGCUGGGCACGAGCCCAAGGAAGGACUGAGGGAGAUUCUUGCCAUGUUGCGCAACUCAAACAACCCGCAAGUGGACCAGAUUUCCCGCGUCAUGCGCAAGUGGGCAAAGGACAAGCGCAUCCCCGUCAUGUGAUGUGGUGUUGUACGCGCGCAUGUAUCUCUUCUGUGUGUGUGCGUGCGUGUUUGUGCGUGCGUGUGCGUGUUGAUCUCCCCCGUCUCCUUGUCUGCCCGCCCCUGCAUGUGCCUGUGUGUUUGGGCGCUCGAAUAUUUGCCUGUCUGUGCGGAUUCAUUUGCUGUUGCCCUGCUUGUCCCUCUUUGUGUUGUGCGUGCAUGCGCAUGUUGACAUGCUAUUGUUUGUUUCACUCUCGUUGUUCAGCACACCCCAUCCUUUCUUGACAUACGUGGUUCUCGCUUUCUGCUUGUAGUUCAAUCCCAGAAAGUACACAUGUGCACUCAUCCCCUGCUGUGCCAAUAACACCUGAACAGCAGGC